UAUUUUAAGAAAAAAAUCUAAUCGCAAAAGUAAAUUUUAAGACAAAGAAUUGUUACGUAUGUGUUAAAAUUGUAAACUUCUCGAUCCUUUUAAAAUAUCUCUAGACAUACUUGUGCUUAAAAGAUCAAAUUUUUUUAGCGUUUACUACUUUUAUUAAAUUUUUAAUCUAAUAACAAAUUAAUGCACACAUAUUCAAAUGACAUUAUUGUCAUUAUUUUAAAAUAAAAAAGAUAACUUUGACAACAUUUUAAUGCCAAAAUGAUGACAAAUAACGUCAGUAGAUUACCUGGGUGUUCUGUAUGCACUUAUAUGCGAAUUGUCUGUGAAAUACUUCAUAAGCAAAUAGCCAAUCCGCUUGCAAAGCGAUAAGACAUGGACCUGUAUCUUUUCUUCGCGAUUUUAAUUAUACCGAUCAUUAUUCAUUAGUGAAGCAAAAAUUGUGAUAAAUUAACAUGGGACAUAUGGAUAAGGUCACAUAAAGCCCAAGAACUCUGACGUUACUGAUACACACAUAAACUGUAUAUACAUAUAAAUAUGCCUUAAGUUUAUUUUACUUUUUCUGAUUUGAUCGGCCUAUGUACAAGAAUCUCAAACCAUGUUGCUGCCGAUAUUUCUCAUCUCUAUCAUAAUAUCCACGAACGCUGGAUGGUUAGAUAGCCUGACAGAUAAAAUACCAAGAUUAAAUUCAUUAGAACAAAUACCAGAAAUCUCGAAUCUGUUACCUACAGUUCCUGAGGAUGCACAACUUACCACGUUGGAUCUGAUAAAGAAAUAUGGUUAUAAUGGUGAGUUGCAUAAAGUAACUACUUCCGACGGCUACAUUUUGGAACUACAUCGGAUAACAGGACGAGCUAAUUCCAUUGAUUCAAAUGUACAAAAACCUACUGCGUUUGUGAUGCACGGUCUUCUUUGUGAUUCAUCAGUUUGGGUAAUUUCUGGUCGUGAAAAAAGUUUAGCGUUUAUUCUGGCGGAUGAAGGAUACGAUGUAUGGCUCGGCAACGCACGUGGUAACAUGUAUGCUCGUAAUCAUACAAAACGCAGAAUUAAAGACAACGAUUAUUGGAAUUUCAGUUGGCACGAGAUUGGCACGCGUGAUCUUCCAGCGAUGAUAGACUACAUAGUGAAGACUACAGGUCGUAAAAAGAUGUUCUAUAUAGGACACAGCCAGGGUACCACUUCCUUUUUUGUCAUGGCAUCGGAACGACCUGAAUAUCAGGAAUAUAUUGAGGAAAUGUACGCUUUGGCUCCAGUCGCUUACUGCGGUAGAAUGAAAAGUCCCUUUUUGCAGUUGAUAGCACAGUUUUCCGUUAGCGUUGACCUUUUCUGGAAUAUAGUUGGCUAUCACAAAUUCGAUCCUAACAUCGACCUCUUAAAUGCAAUUGAACAACUGGUGUGUGCGGAAAAAGCUGUUACUCAAGUGGUGUGCUCAAACGCUAUGUUCCUAGUGACUGGAUUCAACUCUAAACAACUUGAUCCGGCUCUUCUACCUGUAAUCUUAGGACAUGUUCCUGCUAGUACAGCCACGAAGCAACUUAUGCACUAUGCGCAACUUAUUAAAUCUGGAACAUUUUUGUUACCGGGAAAAUUUAAACAAUACGAUCAUGGAAUACUCAACAAUAAGAAGAUAUACGGCACAUUAAAUCCACCGACAUAUGAUUUGAGCAAAAUCACAGCACCAGUCCAUUUGUAUUAUAGUGAAAAUGAUUGGUUAUCAAAUGUCAAGGAUGUAGAAAAGUUGUACAGCGAACUAAGCAAUCCCUCGGGUAAGACCAUAAUAGCAGACAAGAAAUUUAAUCAUGUAGACUACAUGUGGGCUACGGAUGCGAAAAAGCUUGUGUACGAUCUGGUCCUCAGUGAAAUGAAGAAGAAAUUAUAAUGAAAUGUCAGUAUCUAUUCUUCGGAAUUCCUAGGAUAAUUAAUCGACGAAAUUUAACGAGAGAUUUUUGCCUUUCUUGACUGAGUCGACUGCUAUUUUGUCUUAAGACAAGACGUUUCCGUCUUACAUUAUUUGAUAUAUACCGGUUUUAAUUAUUAGUCUCUUGUAAAGAAUCUAGUGUAUGUAAGAUAAACUAUAGAUUUCAAACGCGAAUAUCAAACGCAGCCAUAGUCAUUUAUUAUCUAAUUUAAUACAGAAAAUGCAUACAGUAAUACACUCAUGGACGGUAUUAGUUUACUGUACGCAAUUGUGCAUGCAUUUGUAUUAUACGUACAGCUUCUCUUUACAAUUUCAUGAUAUUGAAUUUAUUAAAUAAGAUUUAUUAAAAUCAGGACUUGUGCCUUUUCUGUUUUAAAUUACGAAAUAUGAAUCCACAAAACUUUAUUUAUUUAUUUUGUCCUUAAAGGUUUAAGACAAUCUCGAUCUAACCAUAAUGACACGACAAUAAUUCAAUAUUUAUAUAUGAUGAAAAUCUACUUAUGUGACAUUUCCGUAUAAGAAAACAGAAUUAAGACAAAACAAUUUUGUUCGAGCUAUUUAGAAUAUAUUGACGAGCCUGAGAAGGCCAGCGCGAUACUGGCGAGCAAUUGUAUUAUUGUAUUAUAUUUUCGACAAAGACCUCAGUCGGAAUCUAUCCGUCGAGAGACACACACGCAAUAAAGAGCACGUAAUUUAAGUAAGAUAUUCUAUUCUACUAUCUCUGACGGUAUUUUCUUAUACUUUAACUGAACGGCUACAUUAUUCCUGUCCGAUCCACUCGAGAUAAAUGCAUUAUUCCUAAUUUAACAAAUUAUAACGACGGGAAUCAACAAAUUUAAAAAUCGAAACCACUUAUCAACGUGUAAUUAUGCAAACCGUCACAUUCCUUCUUUACAUUUAAAAUAAUGAAACAUAUAGAUAAGGUAAAAUAGGAUCCUCCAUAUAAUUUAUUAUAUAAUACUAUUAUACAUGUAUAUGUUUAAGUAAAUAUAUAUGUUUAAAUAAAUUCUUCAUAUUUAAUAUAAUUCAAUACAUAUAUAUGUACAUGUUAAUAUAUAUUACAUUAAAAGUUAAAGAAUCUUUCGCAAUUUACAAAUAAAAAUUAUAGAAAAAAUGUUUCGUGAGCGUACAUGUGUAAAGAGAAGAGUCAGGUAAUACUGGUGUUUUAUUUUUAAACAGUAGGGAAACCUGCAGCCGAUUCUAAAUAAUAAGAGAGGCGCAACCAAUGUAAUAGUUACUGAUUAGUUGGCGCCAUUUUAUCUACGAGCAGUGAAAGGGAUCUAUCUUAGUGCUUUCUGUUUUGAAUGAAAUAUAAUUCCAGUGUGAAGUGACUAAUCGAAUGUCUUUUGCUUUGGAAACAAUACAAUGUCGAUUUUAUGUCUUUUCGACAUUAUUUUUCACUGAAACCGUUUUUUAUUAUUUCUAAAUUCUAAGUACUAAAUUUCUAAAUCUAUGUGUUCGUAAAAUUAUGGAAUACAAUAAAUAUUCUAUACUUGAAUGUCUUUCUAAGUUGACGCUUAUAUCGUUAGACGAUAGCCAUUUUCUCUCCUAGUAACUAUAUAUAUUCGUGCAAUUGCGCCUCUCUUAUUACGAUUUAUUGUAAUGUGAUGAGAUAUGUAGAAAUAUGUAAAAAUGCAUGUAACAGUAUUCUAGUAUCAACAGAAAUUAUGUAUCAACGUUAUCUCUCUGUAAAAAUAUAUCGACUCUAUAUCAUUAUACUUUGUUAUGCUCCUAUAACUUAAACUUAAACAAAAUCUAAAAAAAAUAAAAUAAAAUUAUGAACAAAC